AAAAAGAAGAAGAGAAGAGGUAGUAACUAUCUAAUAUUAUCAUAGGGCAUGGCAGCAUCAUCAGGAUGAGAGCACAAUUGAAUCAACGUAUCCAAUCAUCAUCAUCACAUCACAUCACGACGACGACGACGACGCAUGAUUCUGGUCUUUCUCUGCUCCAAAAAAACUGAAUCCCAAUCGCGAAGAAAAGAAUCCCUCGCUUGGAUCUUGCAACAUCGCCAGAGGGAUCCAUGAUACUCCUGCAGUCUCAUUCAAGAUUCCUGCUCCAGACCUUGUUGAAUCGGGCCCAAAACUAAAGAAGCCGCAUUUGAACUCCAUUUCAUGCAGUUAGUCUCGAGAAAGGAGUUGAACUGGAUCACCACUGGGUUGAGUUUGAUGAUGUUCGAUAUCAUAUUCAGGUGUCAAUGAAGAAUCCUCAUGUUUUGUUGCUAUCAGUAUCGUUGCCUACUCCUUCUUCAGAAACUAUUUUUGUCUGUGGACUUCCUUUUGGAGCCAUUGAAGCAAUAAAAGCUGCAUAUGGUAAUCUUGUGCAAAUUCUUGAUCCUCCAAGGGAUGGCUUUAAUCUCACAUUAAAAAUAAAUCUGUCUAAGCUUCCAGCAAAUCAAGAGCAAAAACAUGCUUUUUUGGUAAAAGUUGCAUCAAUAAGGGAGGUUGUCCUUGGUGCACCGUUGAGAGUAAUUUUAGAACAUCUUGCUGCAAGAACUGUUGCUCUGGACAUGGAUCCGCUUGUUGCCCUUGUUCAUCGGCCUAACGAGUCUUUCUUUCUUUUUCCUCAGGCUGAUAAGGUAACUGUGGUGUAUCCUAUGAGAUUCAACGAUUCAAUAGACAUUGUUCUUGCAACUUCAUUCCUGCAGGAAUUUGUCGAAGCCAGGCGUACAGCUGGACUUAAUAAUACCCCUCCUUGUUCGUGGUCUCUUACUCCUCCACUGGAACUAAAAGAAGUUCCCGCUGAUGCAUUAUCUGCGAAUGCAGGAUUUGUGACAUUUGUUAUCUUCCCUCGUCAUGUCGAAGGCCAGAAACUGGAUCGUACAGUAUGGAAUCUGUCAACUUUUCAUGCCUAUGUUAGCUAUCAUGUUAAGUGCUCAGAAGGAUUUAUGCAUACACGUAUGCGGCGGCGUGUGGAGUCCUUGAUUCAGGCUCUGAAUCGUGCCAAACCAGAUGCCGAGAAUUCAAAGAAAACUUCUUACAACAGAUCCUUCAAACGGCUGGGUCUCAAGGAAUCAAGGACCAACUCAUUUUCUUAAAGGAGAAGCAUGGUGAGGAAGAUAUUCUGCUUCUAUUGGACUAUACAAUCGCCAACCAAGGAAUUGCUAUUGCAAUGUUUGCAGAAUGUUCCAGAUGCUUGUAACUCAGAUGUGAUUCUCCUUCUGAACUCUUCACGUUCAGUCCAAGGAAUUGCUGGCAUAUUUCUGCAGACUGCUCCAGGAGCUUGUAAUUUAUUCAUGGAAAAGAAUAGGAUACAAAUAGAAGAGAAACGACCAAACAAACUAGUUAUUAAAAUGUACAAUUGUUUAUCAUCUGAAUGAGGUGUACUGUAUAUCUGUUUUUGGGGAUACGUAUCAAAUAUCUUCCUUUUUGAGGCAUUCAUCAAAUUUUCGUUUUUAUUGUAAGGUAUCGAUAAUGUGUUGAUGCAAGUUUAAACUAUUGAAUGAGGUGACAUGGAUAAGUUGUUUUAGCUUUUGAGGGGUUUUGAAUAAGAUCAUGUUGCAUGCUUUUGUGGAUUGUAAUUCAAA